GUUUGGUGCCGUUCUGGGGGUUUGGAGUGUAGCUCUAUGAUCAUCAUCAAACCGUAGACUGCUAAUUUCUUCCCUUGUACUAAAUCCCCAAUACUGGAAAUUUCACUUCAAAACCCUAAAAACUUCAGUUCCAACUCUUUUUUCUAUUCACGUUCGAGUUUCCAAAACAUUUUCCUGGGUUUUCAGUUUGUGCACACAAGAGAAUGUUGUUGGGUCAUGCUAGUGGUCUAUCUGAACUUCGUUCGUCAAAGGACCAGCUACUUGCUGAUCCUGAAGCGCUGGAAGAUGACUUUAAAUUAGACAGCUCUCAACCGAUUUUGUAUGUGGCUUCCUUUGAAGAACUCGCAAGAAAUUAUCUUCAAUAUGACACCAUUAUAUGGGUUUCUAUAUCGUUAUUGCUGGUUUUGGCUUGGGGUGUUGGCAUCAUCAUGUUGCUCUACUUGCCCUUUAGAAGAUACGUGCUUCAAAAGGACAUUUCAUCACGCAAGCUGUAUGUCACACCUAGUGAAGUAGUUUAUGAGGUUUCGAGGCCUUCUUUCAUACCCUUUUGGGGCAAAAUAACAAUAGAGAAGCAUGUACCUCUUUCCCAGGUCAUUGAUAUUAUAAUUGAACAAGGCUGGUUGCAAUCAGUGUACGGUAUCCAUACUUUCAGAGUUGAAAGCAUAGCCCAUGGAAAAGCGGCACCUGUUGAUGAACUACAGGUUCAAGGGGUUGCUAACCCUGCACUUCUUAGAAAGGUCAUUGUAAGAGAAGCUGCAAAAGCUAUACAGGAGGUUGGUAAAAGUUGGAAACUUUCUACUGUCACAGGUGAAGUGGAAACUGUAUCUCGAAUGACAUCAUCAUUCACAGAAGGGCAGCCUAUUCUAAGAUCACCGGCCAAAAGUUGGAAGACAUCAGCUUCACCACGUCAUUCUUCCGUGGAGCGAAGAUCAAUGAUGCCUGGAGAGUUGUUUAUGCAAAAACUUGAUGAAGUCACUAAAUCAGUAAAGAAAAUCGAGUUUCUCGUUGAGAAGUCCCAAGCUUCUUCCAAGGGUAGCUGAGAAAGGUGUAGAAAGUUUCAAUACCGAGAAAUGCAGAGUUAACUUCAUAUCAUCAAACUUCAAGAGACUUUUAUGUGCUUUAAUAAGCAAAAGCUUUUGUGUUUCUUCUUGGUGUUCUAUAAGUAGGGUUUACUUUUGUACAAGUUCAUCAAUUCAUUGUCCCUCUUUUUUGCUGUUUUUUUCACUUGGCAUGUAACAUUAUAAACAUAGGCCUUAAUCUCGGACUUGUAAAUUUUCGUGAAGUAAAAUUUGUACCAUUGUCCAAGCUUUAUGAAAUUAAGUCACAUAAUUAUAUUU